AUGGCUUUCAAAUUUGUUUACAUACUCAUUCUUAUGGGCUUCACUUUUGGCGCGCACGUUGGUCGAGACAACACAGAUCUAGAGGCAAGGACUGCUCUUCCUCAGCCGUCCUGGGUAGAUCUGGGCCCUGAGCCAUUCGGGGGGUUGCCUCGCCAAAGGGACAUGACGGCGAGGAAAUUUCCGCUGGAGACUCUGAUCACACGAGAAUCUACUUCAGCCGAUAUCACUGAACAAAAUACCCAGUCGCCUGUACCUCUGCCCACGUCCUCUGGCGACGAGUCCUUGAACGAAAGGCAUGGCGGUGAAUUUUAUCACCGUCCUAAGUCAUCUUCAAGCUCAAGCUCAGAAGGGGAUUACUACCCAACUGCGAAGCCGUCCAGCACAUCUUCCUCAUCUGAGGGCUACGGCGAGCCCUUUUCGUCUUCGCCUGAUUAUACCCACUCCCACAAUUGUUGUCGCAACAUCAACUUCGACCUCGACUCCAGUCUCCAUAAGUCUUUCCUCGAACAACUCGUCGACGGCAUCCGGGACUACAAUGACCAGCGCGGAUGCUUUGAACAGCUCUGCAAAUACGAGCUUCACGCUGAGAAACUCCUUUUCGAGAAAUUCGUCAGCAAUUUUGACAACUUCCGGGACCGCUUCUGCAAGUAA